AUGGAGACAAUCUGUUCUGAACUGACUAGGUGGUCUCCGAUAGCGCAGCAUUUGCCUGGAAGAACAGAUAAUGAGAUAAAGAAUCAUUGGCAUUCCUACUUGAAGAAAAAGUUUCUUAAAGAUGAAGGAAUGGAGUCUUUGAAAAGAACUCAAUCUGACAGCUCAAACUCAGACAUUAUGGAACUUUCACCAUCUCCGAAGAGACUCAAAAUGCAAGCUUCAAGUCUUGAGUCAUCAAUGAGCACGGAAAAACCAUCAGCUGAUAUCAACCGCUUUGCAAGUUUAGGUGAGCCUAUGGAUUCAAACAGUACAUUUGAUCAUAAUGCAAGCUUCCAAGACAAUUUCAUGCGUGAUUACUUACUGGAUGAAAGAGUAUUUGGUGGUGAGUAUCAUAAUUCACUAAGCCAUGGUUCGAGCGGCGACAUUUUUAGUUCUGAAUUCAAGUUUGAGAGCCAGAGUCCAGGAAAUGAGUUUGAUUUUAGCUCUGGAGAGGAUUUAUGCGGUGACUUCAACUUGAGCAAGAUUACAUGUGAGGGCUUGGUUUCCAAAAGCAACUACGAGGAAGAAUAA